AUGCCUGAUUCACGCGCGGUCACCAUUUUCAUCCCCGAGCAUCUCUUGCGCGGGGUGUUUAUCACAGAGAGCCCUGGCCACUUGCCCGGUCUAUACCGCCUGGCACAGUGGAUUGGUUCGGUUGCGUUCAUAGUCCAUAAGGGCUGGUGCUAUAUCCGCGGAAAAGACGCGGGGCCCUAUAUCUACCACGUUGGCCUGCAACUGCAGGCCACUGUCUUCAAGUGGCCUGAGGACGUCAAGUUCGUCAAGGAUGACAAGGGCGCGCUCCGUCAACGCGAUCUAUCCCCCCUGUCCACAGAGCAACGCUCCACUGCCCGCAUGGAUCUCUACGCGUGGCUGAACCUCAGUGAGGAAGAGGAGAGAAGUAUGUGGGAUUGGCAUUUACUUCCGCACAAGCGCGGCCAUGAAUGA